AUCGUGAAGCCUGACUCGAUGCUGGUGGCUUUAAAGGCUGAAGGCCAGUAUCUCCUGCUUGAAUUGGAGAAGAACCAGAGAAGCCUGAGCACCACCCAGUGGGCGUUUCCUGAUACCUUAAAUCAAAGGGAAUUCCUAGACAAAGGGAACAUCCACAGAUAGCAGGAGCAAAAAGCUACAGAGGUCAGAAUCCAAUGAUGACAGUUCAUCUGGUCUACCUGGAAUGUCUCCUUCUGUGUGGAAGUGAAGAAAGAGCUGGGGGAGUCCCAGUGGGGCCAGAUGGAAGAAGGCGUCUUAGUGCUAAAUAUCUUGGCUGGAUCUGAAGAGAAAGAAAAUGCUCCUGGCCCCAGGAUACACAGAAACCCACUACAGCCCCGAUGGGCAGCCCAUAGUGCUGUCCCCCAACCACACGGACCAUUGCCACUAUCACGGGCGCGUGAGGGGCUUCCGGGAAUCCUGGGUCGUUCUCAGCGCCUGCUCUGGGAUGAGUGGCCUUAUUGUGCUCAGCGGCAAAAUCGGCUAUCAUCUGCAUCCCCGGACUCCUGGGGACACGAGAUCUGCAUCCCCAACCCACGAGAUCUUAAGGAUGGAGCAGUUGUUCACCUGGAGAGGGGCCCGGAGAGACAAGAACUCCCUGUACAAAGCAGGAAUGGCCAGUCUUCCAGGUGUCCCCCAGAGCCGGGUGAAGCGAGAGGCCCGCAGGAGUCCCAGGUACCUGGAACUGUACAUAGUGGCUGACCACACCCUGUUCUUGCUUCAGCAUCGGAACUUGAACCACACAAGACAGCGCCUCCUGGAAGUUGCCAAUUGCGUGGACCAGAUUCUCAGGACUCUGGAUAUUCAGUUGGUGUUGACCGGGCUGGAAGUGUGGACCGAGCAGGAUCUCAGUCGCAUCACGCAGGAUGCAAACGAAACGCUCUGGGCUUUUCUACAGUGGCGCCGUGGACUGUGGGCCAGGAGACCACACGACUCUACUCAAUUGCUCACGGGCCGCACCUUCCAGGGUACCACGGUGGGCCUGGCGCCUGUGGAGGGCAUGUGCCGUGCAGAGAGCUCCGGAGGUGUGAGCACAGACCACUCGGAACUCCCCAUCGGCACAGCAGCUACCAUGGCCCACGAGAUAGGCCACAGCCUGGGCCUCCACCAUGACCCAGAGGGCUGCUGCAUGGAGGCAAACGCAGAGCAGGGAGGUUGCGUCAUGGAGGCAGCCACAGGGCAUCCUUUCCCGCGCGUCUUCAGCGCUUGCAGCCGCCGCCAGCUGCGCACCUUCUUCCGCAAAGGGGGCGGUACAUGCCUCUCCAACGUCUCGGCGCCGGGGAGCCUGGUGCUGCCCAGCCGCUGCGGAAACGGCUUCGUGGAAGCAGGAGAAGAGUGCGACUGCGGUUCUGGCCAGAUCCCAGACCCCUGCUGCUUUGCCCACAAUUGCUCCCUGCGUGAGGGGAUGCAAUGCGCCCAAGGCGAUUGCUGUGCGUGGUGCCUGCUAAAGCCCGCAGGCACGCCCUGUCGUCCCGCUGCGAGUGACUGCGACCUCCCGGAGUUCUGCACUGGCACCUCCCCGCAUUGUCCUGCAGAUGUUUAUCUACUGGAUGGUUCACCCUGCGCCGAGGGGCACGGCUAUUGUCUAGACGGCUGGUGUCCCACACUGGAGCAGCAGUGCCAGCAGCUAUGGGGGCCUGGAUCCCAGCCGGCCCCAGAGCCUUGUUUCCAGAAGAUGAACUCCGUGGAGAAUUCGCAGGGGCACUGUGGCCAGGACAGCAAGGGUAGCUUCCUGCCUUGUGCACAGAGGGACGCUUGGUGUGGGAAGCUGCUGUGCCAGGGAGGGGAGCCAAACCCACUAGUGCCUCACAUAGUGACUAUGGAUUCCACAGUUCUCUUAGAGGGCCGCGAAGUAGUUUGUCGAGGAGCCUCUGUGCUCCCCGAUAGUCACCUGAACCAGCUUGACUUGGGUCUGGUGGAGCCAGGAACCCGCUGUGGACCUAGAAUGGUGUGCCAGGAUAGGCACUGUCAGAAUGCUACCUCCCAGGAGCUGGAACGUUGCUUGACUGCCUGCCAUAACCAUGGGGUUUGCAAUAGCAAUCGUAACUGUCACUGUGCUGCUGGCUGGGCUCCACCCUUCUGUGACAAGCCUGGCUUGGGUGGUAGCAUGGAUAGUGGCCCUGCACAGUCUGCAACCCCGGAUGCUUUCCCCUUGGCCAUGCUCCUCAGCUUCCUGCUGCCUCUGCUCCCUGGGGCUGGUCUAGCCUGGUGCUACUACCAGCUUCCAACGCUCUGUCAUCGACCAGGAUGGUGCUGCAGGAGGAACCCCCUUUGUACUAGGGACCAACCCCUGGCUGGUGUUCACCCUGUGGAGUUUGGCUCCAUCAUCACUGGAGAGCCCUCGCCACUGUCCCCUGGGACCUCUUGCCGACUUGCACCUUUCAUCCCCUGAAUUGUUCUCAGAUGCUGAGAAUUCCGUGCUUACCUAAAAACCACUCUAUGAAGCUUGUGCCACAAAGACCUGCCCGAUCCCCAUGGUAGGUGAAGCACUCUGAGGCCCUCCCAUUGCCCAGUCACCAACCUCUGUCUCAGCUUGUUGCCCACUCCUCAGAUUUAUGGGCUUGUAUCAAUAAGGAAAUGAGGAAUGGCCCUCAGAGAAGCUCUUGUCGUGGAGACCAGGAUGCUGGAAGCCCUAGGGGCAGGGAAGGGAAGACACUGUGGUUCUUCUAGGGCCCCAGUCCUCAGCGACUCAGAUGCAUGCUUAUACUUCCAAUGGGCUGGAUGCUGAGCUUUCCCUACUCACCACAGGAACCCAGAGCCAUGUCAUGACGUAGCCACCUGCUCUGAGAGCUGUACUAUUCUGAAAUGUCAGAGUGUGUGUAAUAACAAUAAAUCCACAGCUGUCCCGGUGUUGUUGACUGUGA